GACCCGGACCCUGACCCCGACCCAGAUCCCGCCACCCGCCACCCGCCCGAGGUCCUCGCCCAGGUCCGCGGUCGCCCCCGCGCGCACUCCCACCCGGUGUGGAGAUGCGUCCUCUGCGACCAGGGGGACAGUGUCGCUGAUAGAGGCUCACGCUCCCCGCUCCGUCCGGCCCUCCCGUCCCUCUCCGCCAGGAGAAUUGGCCUUGCCUCCCAGCUCCUUCGGGCUCCGCCGCGAGGUCCUGCGUCAGCAGUGCGACCCAGCAUGCUGUCAGAGACACCCCACGCAGAGGGCAGGUCUGCGGCGUGCCCGCACCUCCCGGGGGUGCGUACAGGGGACAAGGAGCGCCUGUGGGUCCCGCCUGAUACCCUGAGCAGAUGCACCUGGCACCUGGGCAGGCCCGUCACCGACUCCCCGCACCACCACACCAACCUGGCAGACUCUCCAAAAAUUUUGCCAGACAUUCUGAGCAACAUCGGGAACACCCCCAUGGUCAGGAUCAACAAGAUUGGGAAGAACGCAGGCCUCAAGUGUGAGCUCUUGGCCAAGUGUGAGUUUUUCAAUGCGGGCGGGAGCGUGAAGGACCGCAUCAGCCUGCGGAUGGUCGAGGACGCUGAGCGAGACGGGACCCUGAAGCCCGGGGACACCAUCAUCGAGCCCACGUCCGGGAACACAGGGAUCGGGCUGGCGCUGGCUGCGGCCGUGAAGGGCUAUCGCUGCAUCAUCGUGAUGCCAGAGAAGAUGAGCACGGAGAAGGUGGACGUGCUGCGGGCCCUGGGGGCCGAGAUCGUGCGGACGCCCACCAACGCGAGGUUCGACUCCCCGGAGUCGCACGUGGGGGUGGCGUGGCGGCUGAAGAACGAAAUCCCCAAUUCUUGCAUCCUAGAUCAGUACCGCAAUGCCAGCAACCCCCUGACUCACUACGACACCACGGCCGAGGAGAUCCUGCAACAGUGUGAUGGGAAACUGGACAUGCUGGUAGCUUCGGCAGGCACGGGUGGCACCAUCACUGGCGUUGCCCGGAAGCUGAAGGAGAAGUGUCCCAGCUGCAGAAUCAUUGGGGUGGAUCCUGAGGGGUCCAUCCUCGCCGAGCCCGAGGAGCUGAACCAGACAGAGCAGACAGUCUACGAGGUGGAGGGCAUCGGCUACGACUUCAUCCCCACUGUGCUAGACCGGGCGGUGGUGGACAAGUGGUUCAAGAGCAAUGACGAGGAGUCCUUUGCCUUCGCCCGCAUGCUGAUCGCGCAGGAAGGGCUGCUGUGCGGCGGCAGUUCCGGCAGUGCCAUGGCCGUGGCCGUGAAGGCCGCCCAGGAGCUGCAGGAGGGUCAGCGCUGCGUGGUCAUCCUGCCCGACUCAGUGCGGAACUACAUGUCCAAGUUCCUGAGUGACAGGUGGAUGCUGCAGAAGGGCUUCAUGAAGGAGGAGGCGCUGUCCGUGAAGAGGCCCUGGUGGUGGCACCUGCGCAUCCAGGAGCUGAGCCUGUCGGCCCCACUGACGGUGCUGCCCACGGUCACCUGCGAGCACACCAUCGCCAUCCUCCGCGAGAAGGGCUUCGACCAGGCGCCCGUGGUUGAUGAAUCCGGGGCCAUCCUGGGGAUGGUGACCCUCGGCAACAUGCUGUCGUCUCUGCUUGCCGGGAAGGUGCGGCCGGCGGACCAGGUCUGCAGAGUCCUCUACAGGCAGUUCAAGCCGGUCCACCUGACAGACACGCUGGGCACGCUGUCGCACGUCCUGGAGAUAGACCACUUCGCCCUGGUGGUCCACAAGCAGAUCCAGUCACGGGACCAGGCCCAGGCAGGCGUGGUGGGGGCGCCUGCAGACCACAGCAACGGGGAGUCCAACGCACGGCAGAUGGUGUUUGGGGUCGUCACCGCCAUCGACCUGCUCAACUUCGUGGCAGCCCACGAGCAGAAUCGGAAGUGAAGCCUGCAGUGCUGAAUCCGACCCGGCUGCCCUCCAUGCAGCAGUCACCUGGGACGCUCAGGGUGGACCAGCAGGCUCUGUCUUCCUAACAUUUGGCUUCUAAAACAGAUCUGCCUGAAUCAGCUCCAAGGGGCUUUUUUAAAGGUUACUUCAAGAUGUUUCACUAAGGGUAUAUUUAGAGAGGAGUUAGAGUUGGGGGUAGUGGCCCAUGCCUGUAAUCUCAGCUACUGAGAAGGCUGAGGCAGGAGGAUUGCCAGUUCCAGGUCAGCCUGGACAACAUACUAAGACUUUGUCUCAAAGUAAAAAACAAAAAGGCUGCGGUGUAGCUCAGUGGUAGGGCACUUCUGAGUGUGAUCCCCGUAGCCCCCCAACCCCACAAGAAGAAGCUGGCCAGGUGGGGUAAACACACAUAGAGAUGAUCAGAGUGGGCAGAAAGCACCUCCACCUGAGAAGAUGCCAGAAAGGGGGAUGGCAGAAAGGGGGCUCCGUGCGGUGGAAUCAGUUUGGUCCCUGUCCUCAUGGGCUGUGCCAUUCCUGGGCCUGAGUAGGCAGAGCAGCUUCACAUUUUGAUUGUAACCCAGGUGAAAUCCAAUAAGCGAAAACUUACAAUAACACAGUUAAUAGUUCACUGGCGUUUAGCAUACAGAACACCACGUAGUCACACCGCUGUCAAGUUCCAAGAUGCUGUCACCCAGCUGAGCAGUCCUUUCCGCUGUCCUCCUGCUGCCCCGGCCUUGUUUCUCUCAGGCCUUCACUGAUGAGACAAGGCCCACCGCAGCAGCCCCUGACGCCUGCUAGCCUCACUCCCCACACCACUCUCUGCCCCUGGGUUUACCUGUUCUGGGCAGUUCCUAUAAAUGGAGUCACACAAUC